GCGUGUCUGUGCCGCCCGGUGACGGGGCGGGCGGAGCGGCGGGGCCACACGUGCCGGCGGAGGAAUGCGGCGGGGCCGGCCCGGGGCGGGGCGCGGAGCGGGUCGGAGCGGCCAUGGGGCGCUCGGUGCUGCUCGCUGCCGCUGCCCUGCUGCUGCUGCUGCUGCCGCCGCUCACCGGGACCGGAGCCGUCGUCACCCGCCUCCGGGUCUCCUCCAACUUCGUGAGCGACGGGGGAACGGGGAGGCGGUGGGGAGGGAGGCGGGGGGGGCUGGCGGCGCCGCGCUCACUCCGGUGUCUUUCCUUGCAGAAGUGCUGGGCCACCGCCGACAGCACAUUGAGCCGCCCCCGGUGCCGCCGCCCGUCCCGGUCCGGGCCGCCGCUGAACGCACCCGCCCUGGAGCUGGGCAGGGCCCGCCUGUGCCUGCACUCGCAGCGCUGCCAGCCCUGCCUGCGGGUGCGCCUGGCCCUCCCCGCCGCAGAGCUCGGUGAUGUCCGCGGGCUCCAGCUGAACUUCCUGGAGCUUGGCUCCAACCGGGCAAGCUGGCUGCAGGUGUGGCGGCGGCACCGGGCAGCGGGCAGCUCACCGGUGAGUCUGGGGUGGGUUGGAUGGGGCGGAGCCGUCGGUGUCCCGCUGAACUCCCCCCACACACACACACCCCGGUUCCCGCAGUGGCAGGUACAGUUCGACUGCUUCCCGGUGGAGAGCAGCCGGCAGGUCCUUGUCUCCCUCCACACUAUCCCCGACCGAGGCUGGACCCUCAGCCGCAGCCGCUUGGUCACUGCUGAACCGCCCGGACCCAUCUUCACCCAUACGUGGGUGCCCGAGGAAAGGGCCAUCGAAGUGUGGGUGCCCGACGGCCCGGCCCUCAUGGUGCGCCUGUGCCAUCAGCUCGCCCUGGAGUGUGAGGAGCUGCCCCGGCCCUUCCACCAGCAGGUGCUGGUGCUGGGGGGCCACCGCAUCUCACUGCCAUACGAGUUCCUGGUGCCCUGCUUAUGCAUUGAGGCCUCUUACCCGCACCACGACAGCACACGCAGCAAGCGCUGCCCCUUCCGCAACCAGCUGGCUGCCUAUGGCCCCGAGCUGUGGUCCUCGGUGCACUUCCACGACUACAGCACCAGCAGCAAGGACCAGAUGGCAAUGGUGCUGAGCGCCAGCUGCCCCCUGCACCCCCGCGCCACCCUGUGCUGGAGGGAGGUGGCAGCUGAGGCUGCACCGUGCCACGACAUCCCCAACUCCACUGCCAGCGAGGAGGACCAGGCAUAUACACUGGACAAGGUGGAUGUGCACCCCCAGCUCUGCUUUCGGUUCUCCUAUGGGAACAGCAGCCACGUGGAGUGUCCCCAUCGGCCAGUGACCGCCUGGAACGUCUCAGUGAGCGUCCGAGGGCUGCAGCUGCGCCUGCACCUCAUCUCCAGCAUCCCUGCAGCUUUCAGUGCAACCCUCUGCCAGCGCCGGGGCGGGCAAUGCGAGCCCGAGCCCCCCCUCUACACUGUCACACAGCCAGAGGGCUCAGCCCCAGGGGAGCUAGCGCUGCUGCUGCCGAUGCAGGUCCUGGGCAGCUGCGUGCUGGUCUGGCGCUCGGAUGUGCGUUUUGCUCGGAAGCAGCUGCUCUGUCCCGAUGUCUCCCGCAGGCACUUUGGGCUGCUGGGGUUGGCGCUGGUGCUGGGGCUGCUGUUGACCUUGCUGCUCCUCAAUUGCCGAGGCGCCUGGAGGCCUGAUGAUGGUCCCGCGGGCGCUCGCCCCGUGCUGCUGCUGUACUCGCCGGACUCGGAGGAGCACUUGGGGCUCGUGUGCGCCCUGGCCGAGCGGCUCCGCGCCGGGCUGGGCUGCGACGUGCGCCUGGACCUGUGGGAAGCGGGCGGCUUGGGGCAGGCGGGGGCCCUGCCCUGGCUGUACGCGCAGCGCGGCACCGUGGGCCGGCAGCGCGGGACCGUGCUGCUCCUCUGGAGCCGCGGCAGCGCCCGGCUCUUCCGCCGGUGGCGGGGCGGGGCGGCGGGCGGGGACCCCCCCGGGGAUGCUCACGACAUCUUCGGGGCGGCCAUGUCCUGCCUGCACGGGGAGCUGGGCGCGGCGGGGCGCGGCAGGGGCUGGGUCCUGGCGUACUUCAGCCGGCUCUGCAGCCCCCGAGAUGUCCCCCGGCCGCUGCGGCCCCUGCCCACCUACCGCCUGCCCCGGCAGCUGCCCGGGCUGAUGGGCGCCCUGAAGGGCAGCCCCCCGGCCCCCCGCCGCUGCUGCCCGGGCGGGGUCGGGGGGCUCCUGCACCGGCUGGGGGCCAGGGAGGGCAGCCCCCCCCCGCGGCACAUCGGAGCGGCUACCGGCACUUGAGGGAUUGCGCUGGGGCUGAGCUGGGCAUUGCGGGGGGCGGCCCCCCCCCGUUAUGGAGGUGCAGGGCUCGGCCGUGCCCGUGGGGGCACAAGGAGGAGCUGGUCCCAGCCAUAGGAUGUGCUGUGGACAGGGAUGAGCUUCCAGCCCGUGGAGCUGGGAGCGGAGGUGCUGUCCCGGGCAGGGGCAGCUUUAUUUCCACACAGGGAUUUGCUCCAGAGGAAAACCAGGACCUGAGAAGCCCCUCGGGAUGUCACAGACGGUCGAGGGCUGGAGCAGCAAUGGAAGAAGCUGAGUCGUGGCAGGGGGGGCUCCUGCUCUGCCCUGCCCAGGGCAUGGGGGGCAACUGCUGGGCACAGCCUGGCCCUGCUCCUUGCUCUUGCUGCCAGCAGGACCGUGUCUGGGGUGGAAGCAAUAAAGCCACCGUUUCACCCUC